AUGGAGAAAGUGCUCCUUCGUCUUCGUCUCUCUCAAAUGCUCGACAGGCGCGUUCCCCGUCGCAUGCCUCCGUCGCUUAGGAGGCCUCCUCCGCCUCUCAGGAGGCUCAUCGGCGGUUGCAGACAGGUCAUGGUGUCGCGGUUCGGCGGCCCCGUGGGGUUGGAGCUCCGAAAUGUGGAGUUCCCACCUGUUUUCGAAUACGACGUUCUGGUUCGCGUUCGAGCAGUUUCCAUCAACACCAUCGAUUUGGCGGAAGCGUCAGCGAUUCCAUAUCCUGCCAUGACUGCGUGGGCGGCAUUACUAGAAUUUGCUAAGAUGAAAAUCGGAGAAAGGGUGCUCAUUGUGGGCGGUGACGAAAUAAUUGGUUAUUCAGCAAUUCAGCUUGCUGUGGCUCACGGAUGCCACAUCGUGACCACAUGUCGUGGUGAAAACAUUGCUCUAGUGUUAGCAGCUGGCGCUAACCAGGCAGUUGACUGCUUGAGCGAGGACAUCCAAUUGGCAGUUAAAGGGAAAUUUGAUGUUGUUUUCGAUACUAUCGGUGCAGUAAGGACCGAGAGAAUAGGCCUCGGUCUUCUGAAAAGAGGAGAGAGAAUAGGCCUCAGUCUUCUGAAAAGAGGAGGACGCUAUGUCAACCUCAAGGAGAAUGUUCCACUGGAUCAUCCUGAUAAUUUGAUUUACCCAUUUAGAGAUAACUCGGAGUUGAUUGCAGAUCUCUACAAAAAUCUUGGAAUAGGUAUGGUGUCCAGCUAG